AUGGUUCUGAAGGCAUGCGAUCGGUGCUACUCGAGCAAAGAGAAGUGCACAUUUACUGGCAAUGAUCAGCAGUGCACGAGAUGCCGGCGCCUCAAGAUUGCAUGCUCGACCUCGCGGCGUAACAGGCGCAUAGGGCGCCGCCCUGCCGCGAAGGCCUUUCCUCAUGGGGAGAUGCAGGUCUGGAGCGUCGAUUCAGACCAGCAGAUCUGGACACGGCCACAGCAGCGCAGCCAGUCCACGUCUAGUGAGGGUUCAUCUUCACAGUCUACACUUACUCGACGGUCCAAAUCAAUAUCACCGUCUAAUGACUCGGUGGACGAAGUAAGGACCCCUCAAAGUCGCCAUACGGUGGUCUUGGCACCGGAGAGACUGUUGGCAUCCCCCGUCACCCUUAAAACGGCUUCCGAUGCGCUUCGCACAGUAAUGGACCCGGAGCAAUUCUCAGUUAUACAUAUGCCAUUCAUGCUGGGUCCUAGCUUCGCUCCAGAAUCGCAAAAGACUGUCUAUACCAUCUUAUGCUUAUCUGGCCCGACUCUAACGGAGGGUUACUUGGCUUUUUUGGGGAUGAUGACGCGCUAUCAAAGAUCCCUCGUCAUACGCCAGCAGGAGCCAGAUAUGGUAAAAGCUGCAAAGGGCCUGCAACGCUUGCGGGAUGUAAAAAUUACCCAAGACUAUGAUGCAGCUUGUGCACUCUUUCUGGGUCAAACGAUGUACGUGUUCAAUGUACUUACCGCGCCCGAGUCUUCAGCGGCCCACUCGAUUGUGCGAAGUGCUCUCAUGUCGACCAAGGCCUGGAUUCCGAGAUUGGUCCAUUUUCCGAUCAUGGACACGAUCCUCAUGACACCGCUGUUGGUCGAUACGGUCGAGUGUUUAGUACGGCGAGAGGUGCCUAUCAUCCGAAUGCCCAGCACGGAACGCAUCAUCGUUGAUCGAUAUGCGGGUGUCUGCGCAACUCUCCUACCUCUGCUUUAUGAUCUCUGUGUGUGUAGCCAUACCAUGAGGACCGGCGUUCUUGCCAUUGGGGAAUCACCCUCCGGAAUGUAUGAGCAACUCGCCGAUAUUGAGCGAGUCAUUCUUGACUGGAAGCCUCCAAACACGCCCGAGAUUCUCCUCAAGCACGGCCAAUAUGAGGUUUUGGCAAUGAUGACGCAGGCAAAUGCCUACCGCCUGGCUGCGUUAUUGAUCAUUCAUCGUCUUCGAUAUCCUCUCGGAGUGGAAGACGAGACUGCGCGGGAUCUUGCAAAUAGCAUAUUCUCCAUAAUGACGCAUUUUGCUGAGUCGGCCGUCCAGGAAACGACCGCGUUGCCUAUGGUGUUCCCUUUGACGAUGGCAAUGAUUGAAAUCGAGGGACCAGGCGAGAAACUUUGGGAGAAAUUGUCGCUAUUUGCCGUUCAAAGCAGGAGUGCAACGCGACUCCAAGGCUUCAUCAAGCAGGUCAGAGCCUGUAGGAAGACGGGGUAUGAAGGACUUUGGUUUGAUGUGGUUGAGACACAGCUUCAUGUUGCGAUGCCCCCAUAG